AUGUGUUCUAUUAAACCAUCAGGUACUACGACUAUUUCCUCAAAUUGUUCGAACAAUGCUAUGGGAGACGCUAAAACGGCCUCCCAACGUCGACUUUGCGAAACAGAUUCCUCUGUUCGACAUUUAACUGAAGAAUUAAACGCGCUAAAGCUUCUCGUUGAAAAACAACAAAACGAAAUUGAGACGCAGCGCCGAGAUCUCUCGCUUAAAUCUAAGCACAUCGUUAAACUCACUCAAGCUAUCUCAAACGGUGAGCGCUCAUCAUCAAUGAUAAAUGCUCCUCAUUUAUUGUCAAACGAUCUUAAAGCGAGAAAUUUCUCUUCAAACCUUCUUCAAAACAAAAACGGUGUUUCGGGUAGUGACGAUCUUUCGCUUUCCUACUCAGCCAAAGCACUGUCAAACAAAACUAACUAUCUCGUGGGCGAUUCUCUAGAAGUCCCAAACGAAACAGCUUCCUUGUGUGGGCAUCGCAACUUCUCAUUGGAGGGGGCCAGUUCUUCUUCGAAGGAUCCCGUUUCGUUCAUCUCUGAUCAUUUCGGGAGAGAGAACUGCUUCAACCCGUCUUCUUCCUCGGGUCGCGAUAACAAACUAUCGCUGGUUUCGGUCCAGAAUGGCUUUUGGCAAUCUUCGACUCAUGCUCCCCCGGUGGCGGAAAGUCCCUUAUCGAACAGUUUAACAGGCAGUGAUACAUUUCCCUUUCGUUCGAGGGGCGCCGCACCUUCUGUGACAGCAAAACCGUUUUCACCUCAGCUUGUUUCACCUCGUGGCUUUGGAAAGCAGUUAUACUCCGGUACGACCUCUCGAUCAAAUGCUUUCGAAGAUCACUUUGGCCAAAGUCAUGCUUCCACAAAUUCACCAAACCACAUGAAACCUACAACCAACCUCCGUGCUAUAUGGAAUGGUAAUGCGACUCCAGAAACUUCCGUGGAAGAUCCUGUUCUCAAGGACGGAGCAGCAAAAUACAGAAAGCUUUCAGAAAGGAAUGCUGUGUAUGAUUGGAAGCAGAAACUGAAGGUUGCGGCCCCUGCCAUCAAGCAUUCUAUCAUUGAUACCAUUUUGGAGCAAGCUUACCCACUAAUGUUAAACAGAUUUGGCAAUUUUUUGGUCCAAAGAUGUUUUGAGCAUGGAUGGCCUCAGCAUGUCAGAGCCAUUGGAGAAACUAUCUUGGGACAUGCAUUACAGCUUGCUACGGACCCGUUCGGGUGUCAUGUUGUACAAAAGGCACUUGAUAAUGUGACAGAGGAUAUUAAGCUUGCCAUACUGGAUGAACUGUUCGUGCACAUUGGAUCGACCAUUACGCAUCACUAUGCUUGCCACGUAUGGCAGAAACUUUUUGAAGUACGCUGGUCGGAAUGCGGAUCAAAUCUGAUGACUCGAGUCAAUGAUGCUUUACGCGGUAAAUGGGCAGAAAUUGCACUGGGUGAAAAUGGAAGCCUUGUUGUUCAAAACAUGUUCGAAAAUUGUGUUGAAGAAGACAAACGUGAGUGCAUUGAAGAAGUUAUCAGCAACUUGGAUACUAUUGCUAGAGGGCAAUGGGGCAAUUGGGUCAUACAACACAUGCUGGAAAAUGGACAUCCAAAAGAUCUUGACCGAGUGACUACCUUGCUCUUGGCUAAGGCUGCUGAUUACAGUGUCGAUCAAUAUGCUUCUAAGGUUAUUGAGAAGGCUAUUAAAAUCGGUUCGAAUAACUUCAUUCCGCGAUACUUAACACAGGUCACUACUACACGUGUAAAUAGGACUCGGCAACCGUUGGUUGACAUAGCUUCUGACCAGUAUGGAAACUAUCUUGUCCAACAAAUACUCCAAGUUGCGCAGCCGCAGGAAAAGGAAGUUGUUGUGAGACACAUAAAAAAGCAUAUGGUGUCCCUUCGCGGCAGCAAAUAUGGUCAAAAGGUUGCAUUUAUGGUUGAAAAACUUAAGAAUCAAACCUUUGUGAACACUCAAACUACACUUUAG